AUGGCUGAACGACGGGGUAGGCUACCUGAGCACGUUACUCAGGGAUGGCUGAACGACGGGGUAGGCUACCUGAGCACGUUACUCAGGGAUGGCUGAACGACGGGUAGGCUACCUGAGCACGUUACUCAGGGAUGGCUGAACGACGGGUAGGCUACCUGAGCACGUUACUCAGGGAUGGCUGAACGACGGGUUUACAAAAAAAAACGUUUUUAAGACUCAUUUAGAUAUUUUUCUGCUUAUAGUUUCUGACAUUUAGUAGGCUAUUUGUUAGUCAACUUAUCUAUAAUUAAAAACAUGCAGCUGAUCUUCUGUCAUUACUUGAUGCUUGUCUAGAAUAUUUAGAUAAAGCCUAGCUCACCAGAAUGAUGUCAUAAAUUUGAUAGAAUGAAUGCAUCAUCAACAAUCUAGUUGACAUUGGUAAAGUCUACAUUUCUGCUUCGGUCAUAGAUCGAGGACAUUUAGGGACCAGGGUUUAUGUGGUUGAAAAUUAAAUACUGUCAGCUUUUAUGUCGCUGUCAGAAAUUGCGCAUUUAGGCCACACAACAGGUCCCUAAGCGUGCAAUCGCAUUCUCUCAAGAUGCUGAAAGAAAAAUAAAUCCUAUUUCUCCACACCUGUUCACGAGACAAAAUUAACAUUUGGUGUAUCAUUUUACUGCAAGGAACACUUAAUUCUGUAGGAGUUAAUAUUAUAAAAGGCUACCUGAGGCCUGCGGUCAGUGUCCAGACUUCAGUUAAUAUUAUAAUAGGCUACAUGAGGCCUACAGUCAGUGUCCAGACUUCAGUUAAUAUUAUAAUAGGCUACAUGAGGCCUGCGGUCAGUGUCCAGACUUCAGUUCAUAUUAUAAUAGGCUACAUGAGGCCUGCGGUCAGUGUCCAGACUUCAGUUAAUAUUAUAAUAGGCUACAUGAGGCCUGCGGUCAGUGUCCAGACUUCAGUUAAUAUUAUAAUAGGCUACAUGAGGCCUGCGGUCAGUGUCCAAACUUCAGUUAAUAUUAUAAUAGGCUACCUGAGGCCUGCGGUCAGUGUCCAGACUUCAGUUAAUAUUAUAAUAGGCUACAUGAGGCCUACAGUCAGUGUCCAGACUUCAGUUAAUAUUAUAAUAGGCUACAUGAGGCCUACAGUCAGUGUCCAGACUUCAGAUAAUAUUAUAAUAGGCUACAUGAGGCCUGCGGUCAGUGUCCAGACUUCAGUUAAUAUUAUAAUAAGCUACAUGAGGCCGUCAGUCAGUGUCCAGACUUCAGUUAAUAUUAUAAUAGGCUACAUGAGGCCUACAGUCAGUGUCCAGACUUCAGUUAAUAUUAUAAUAGGCUACCUGAGGCCUGCGGUCAGUGUCCAGACUUCAGUUCAUAUUAUAAUAGGCUACAUGAGGCCUGCGGUCAGUGUCCAGACUUCAGUUAAUAUUAUAAUAGGCUACAUGAGGCCUGCGGUCAGUGUCCAGACUUCAGUUCAUAUUAUAAUAGGCUACAUGAGGCCUGCGGUCAGUGUCCAGACUUCAGUUAAUAUUAUAAUAGGCUACAUGAGGCCUGCGGUCAGUGUCCAGACUUCAGUUAAUAUUAUAAUAGGCUACAUGAGGCCUGCGGUCAGUGUCCAGACUUCAGUUAAUAUUAUAAUAGGCUACAUGAGGCCUGCGGUCAGUGUCCAGACUUCAGUUCAUAUUAUAAUAGGCUACCUGAGGCCUGCGGUCAGUGUCCAGACUUCAGUUCAUAUUAUAAUAGGCUACAUGAGGCCUGCGGUCAGUGUCCAGACUUCAGUUAAUAUUAUAAUAGGCUACAUGAGGCCUACAGUCAGUGUCCAGACUUCAGUUAAUAUUAUAAUAGGCUACCUGAGGCCUGCGGUCAGUGUCCAGACUUCAGUUCAUAUUAUAAUAGGCUACAUGAGGCCUGCGGUCAGUGUCCAGACUUCAGUUAAUAUUAUAAUAGGCUACAUGAGGCCUGCGGUCAGUGUCCAGACUUCAGUUCAUAUUAUAAUAGGCUACAUGAGGCCUGCGGUCAGUGUCCAGACUUCAGUUAAUAUUAUAAUAGGCUACAUGAGGCCUGCGGUCAGUGUCCAGACUUCAGUUAAUAUUAUAAUAGGCUACAUGAGGCCUGCGGUCAGUGUCCAGACUUCAGUUAAUAUUAUAAUAGGCUACAUGAGGCCUGCGGUCAGUGUCCAGACUUCAGUUCAUAUUAUAAUAGGCUACAUGAGGCCUGCGGUCAGUGUCCAGACUUCAGUUAAUAUUAUAAUAGGCUACAUGAGGCCUGCGGUCAGUGUCCAGACUUCAGUUAAUAUUAUAAUAGGCUACAUGAGGCCUGCGGUCAGUGUCCAAACUUCAGUUAAUAUUAUAAUAGGCUACCUGAGGCCUGCGGUCAGUGUCCAGACUUCAGUUAAUAUUAUAAUAGGCUACAUGAGGCCUACAGUCAGUGUCCAGACUUCAGUUAAUAUUAUAAUAGGCUACAUGAGGCCUACAGUCAGUGUCCAGACUUCAGAUAAUAUUAUAAUAGGCUACAUGAGGCCUGCGGUCAGUGUCCAGACUUCAGUUAAUAUUAUAAUAAGCUACAUGAGGCCGUCAGUCAGUGUCCAGACUUCAGUUAAUAUUAUAAUAGGCUACAUGAGGCCUACAGUCAGUGUCCAGACUUCAGUUAAUAUUAUAAUAGGCUACCUGAGGCCUGCGGUCAGUGUCCAGACUUCAGUUCAUAUUAUAAUAGGCUACAUGAGGCCUGCGGUCAGUGUCCAGACUUCAGUUAAUAUUAUAAUAGGCUACAUGAGGCCUGCGGUCAGUGUCCAGACUUCAGUUCAUAUUAUAAUAGGCUACAUGAGGCCUGCGGUCAGUGUCCAGACUUCAGUUAAUAUUAUAAUAGGCUACAUGAGGCCUGCGGUCAGUGUCCAGACUUCAGUUAAUAUUAUAAUAGGCUACAUGAGGCCUGCGGUCAGUGUCCAGACUUCAGUUAAUAUUAUAAUAGGCUACAUGAGGCCUGCGGUCAGUGUCCAGACUUCAGUUCAUAUUAUAAUAGGCUACAUGAGGCCUGCGGUCAGUGUCCAGACUUCAGUUCAUAUUAUAAUAGGCUACAUGAGGCCUGCGGUCAGUGUCCAGACUUCAGUUAAUAUUAUAAUAGGCUACAUGAGGCCUGCGGUCAGUGUCCAGACUUCAGUUCAUAUUAUAAUAGGCUACAUGAGGCCUGCGGUCAGUGUCCAGACUUCAGUUAAUAUUAUAAUAGGCUACAUGAGGCCUGUGGUCAGUGUCCAGACUUCAGUUAAUAUUAUAAUAGGCUACCUGAGGCCUGCGGUCAGUGUCCAGACUUCAGUUAAUAUUAUAAUAGGCUACCUGAGGCCUACAGUCAGUGUCCAGACUUCAGUUAAUAUUAUAAUAGGCUACAUGAGGCCUGCGGUCAGUGUCCAGACUUCAGUUAAUAUUAUAAUAGGCUACCUGAGGCCUGCGGUCAGUGUCCAGACUUCAGUUCAUAUUAUAAUAGGCUACCUGAGGCCUGCGGUCAGUGUCCAGACUUCAGUUAAUAUUAUAAUAGGCUACAUGAGGCCUGCGGUCAGUGUCCAGACUUCAGUUAAUAUUAUAAUAGGCUACCUGAGGCCUGCGGUCAGUGUCCAGACUUCAGUUCAUAUUAUAAUAGGCUACAUGAGGCCUGCGGUCAGUGUCCAGACUUCAGUUAAUAUUAUAAUAGGCUACCUGAGGCCUGUGGUCAGUGUCCAGACUUCAGUUAAUAUUAUAAUAGGCUACAUGAGGCCUAUGGUCAGUGUCCAGACUUCAGUUCAUAUUAUAAUAGGCUACAUGAGGCCUGCGGUCAGUGUCCAGACUUCAGUUAAUAUUAUAAUAGGCUACAUGAGGCCUGCGGUCAGUGUCCAGACUUCAGUUAAUAUUAUAAUAGGCUACAUGAGGCCUGCGGUCAGUGUCCAGACUUCAGUUCAUAUUAUAAUAGGCUACAUGAGGCCUGCGGUCAGUGUCCAGACUUCAGUUAAUAUUAUAAUAGGCUACAUGAGGCCUGCGGUCAGUGUCCAGACUUCAGUUAAUAUUAUAAUAGGCUACAUGAGGCCUGCGGUCAGUGUCCAGACUUCAGUUCAUAUUAUAAUAGGCUACAUGAGGCCUGCGGUCAGUGUCCAGACUUCAGUUCAUAUUAUAAUAGGCUACAUGAGGCCUGCGGUCAGUGUCCAGACUUCAGUUAAUAUUAUAAUAGGCUACAUGAGGCCUGCGGUCAGUGUCCAGACUUCAGUUAAUAUUAUAAUAGGCUACAUGAGGCCUGCGGUCAGUGUCCAGACUUCAGUUAAUAUUAUAAUAGGCUACAUGAGGCCUGCGGUCAGUGUCCAGACUUCAGUUAAUAUUAUAAUAGGCUACAUGAGGCCUGCGGUCAGUGUCCAGACUUCAGUUCAUAUUAUAAUAGGCUACCUGAGGCCUACAGUCAGUGUCCAGACUUCAGUUAAUAUUAUAAUAGGCUACAUGAGGCCUACAGUCAGUGUCCAGACUUCAGUUAAUAUUAUAAUAGGCUACAUGAGGCCUGCGGUCAGUGUCCAGACUUCAGUUAAUAUUAUAAUAGGCUACAUGAGGCCUGCGGUCAGUGUCCAGACUUCAGUUCAUAUUAUAAUAGGCUACAUGAGGCCUGCGGUCAGUGUCCAGACUUCAGUUAAUAUUAUAAUAGGCUACAUGAGGCCUGUGGUCAGUGUCCAGACUUCAGUUAAUAUUAUAAUAGGCUACCUGAGGCCUACAGUCAGUGUCCAGACUUCAGUUAAUAUUAUAAUAGGCUACCUGAGGCCUACAGUCAGUGUCCAGACUUCAGUUAAUAUUAUAAUAGGCUACAUGAGGCCUACAGUCAGUGUCCAGACUUCAGAUAAUAUUAUAAUAGGCUACAUGAGGCCUGCGGUCAGUGUCCAGACUUCAGUUAAUAUUAUAAUAGGCUACAUGAGGCCUGCGGUCAGUGUUCAGACUUCAGUUAAUAUUAUAAUAGGCUACAUGAGGCCUGCGGUCAGUGUCCAGACUUCAGUUAAUAUUAUAAUAGGCUACAUGAGGCCUGUGGUCAGUGUCCAGACUUCAGUUAAUAUUAUAAUAGGCUACAUGAGGCCUGCGGUCAGUGUCCAGACUUCAGUUAAUAUUAUAAUAGGCUACCUGAGGCCUACAGUCAGUGUCCAGACUUCAGUUAAUAUUAUAAUAGGCUACCUGAGGCCUACAGUCAGUGUCCAGACUUCAGUUAAUAUUAUAAUAGGCUACAUGAGGCCUACAGUCAGUGUCCAGACUUCAGUUAAUAUUAUAAUAGGCUACAUGAGGCCUGCGGUCAGUGUCCAGACUUCAGUUAAUAUUAUAAUAGGCUACCUGAGGCCUGCGGUCAGUGUCCAGACUUCAGUUCAUAUUAUAAUAGGCUACCUGAGGCCUGCGGUCAGUGUCCAGACUUCAGUUCAUAUUAUAAUAGGCUACAUGAGGCCUGCGGUCAGUGUCCAGACUUCAGUUAAUAUUAUAAUAGGCUACCUGAGGCCUGCGGUCAGUGUCCAGACUUCAGUUCAUAUUAUAAUAGGCUACAUGAGGCCUGCGGUCAGUGUCCAGACUUCAGUUAAUAUUAUAAUAGGCUACCUGAGGCCUGCGGUCAGUGUCCAGACUUCAGUUCAUAUUAUAAUAGGCUACAUGAGGCCUGCGGUCAGUGUCCAGACUUCAGUUAAUAUUAUAAUAGGCUACAUGAGGCCUGCGGUCAGUGUCCAGACUUCAGUUAAUAUUAUAAUAGGCUACAUGAGGCCUGCGGUCAGUGUCCAGACUUCAGUUAAUAUUAUAAUAGGCUACAUGAGGCCUGCGGUCAGUGUCCAGACUUCAGUUAAUAUUAUAAUAGGCUACAUGAGGCCUGCGGUCAGUGUCCAGACUUCAGUUAAUAUUAUAAUAGGCUACAUGAGGCCUGCGGUCAGUGUCCAGACUUCAGUUCAUAUUAUAAUAGGCUACAUGAGGCCUGCGGUCAGUGUCCAGACUUCAGUUCAUAUUAUAAUAGGCUACAUGAGGCCUGCGGUCAGUGUCCAGACUUCAGUUAAUAUUAUAAUAGGCUACAUGAGGCCUGCGGUCAGUGUCCAGACUUCAGUUAAUAUUAUAAUAGGCUACAUGAGGCCUGUGGUCAGUGUCCAGACUUCAGUUAAUAUUAUAAUAGGCUACCUGAGGCCUACAGUCAGUGUCCAGACUUCAGUUAAUAUUAUAAUAGGCUACCUGAGGCCUACAGUCAGUGUCCAGACUUCAGUUAAUAUUAUAAUAGGCUACAUGAGGCCUACAGUCAGUGUCCAGACUUCAGAUAAUAUUAUAAUAGGCUACAUGAGGCCUGCGGUCAGUGUCCAGACUUCAGUUAAUAUUAUAAUAGGCUACAUGAGGCCUGUGGUCAGUGUCCAGACUUCAGUUAAUAUUAUAAUAGGCUACCUGAGGCCUACAGUCAGUGUCCAGACUUCAGUUAAUAUUAUAAUAGGCUACAUGAGGCCUGCGGUCAGUGUCCAGACUUCAGUUAAUAUUAUAAUAGGCUACCUGAGGCCUACAGUCAGUGUCCAGACUUCAGUUAAUAUUAUAAUAGGCUACAUGAGGCCUACAGUCAGUGUCCAGACUUCAGAUAAUAUUAUAAUAGGCUACAUGAGGCCUGCGGUCAGUGUCCAGACUUCAGUUAAUAUUAUAAUAGGCUACAUGAGGCCUGCGGUCAGUGUUCAGACUUCAGUUAAUAUUAUAAUAGGCUACAUGAGGCCUGCGGUCAGUGUCCAGACUUCAGUUAAUAUUAUAAUAGGCUACAUGAGGCCUGUGGUCAGUGUCCAGACUUCAGUUAAUAUUAUAAUAGGCUACCUGAGGCCUACAGUCAGUGUCCAGACUUCAGUUAAUAUUAUAAUAGGCUACAUGAGGCCUGUGGUCAGUGUCCAGACUUCAGUUAAUAUUAUAAUAGGCUACAUGAGGCCUACAGUCAGUGUCCAGACUUCAGUUAAUAUUAUAAUAGGCUACCUGAGGCCUACAGUCAGUGUCCAGACUUCAGUUAAUAUUAUAAUAGGCUACAUGAGGCCUACAGUCAGUGUCCAGACUUCAGAUAAUAUUAUAAUAGGCUACAUGAGGCCUGCGGUCAGUGUCCAGACUUCAGUUAAUAUUAUAAUAGGCUACAUGAGGCCUGCGGUCAGUGUUCAGACUUCAGUUAAUAUUAUAAUAGGCUACAUGAGGCCUACAGUCAGUGUCCAGACUUCAGAUAAUAUUAUAAUAGGCUACAUGAGGCCUGCGGUCAGUGUCCAGACUUCAGUUAAUAUUAUAAUAGGCUACCUGAGGCCUACGGUCAGUGUCCAGACUUCAGUUCAUAUGAUAAUAGGCUACCUGAGGCCUACAGUCAGUGUCCAGACUUCAGAUAAUAUUAUAAUAGGCUACAUGAGGCCUGCGGUCAGUGUCCAGACUUCAGUUAAUAUUAUAAUAGGCUACCUGAGGCCUACAGUCAGUGUCCAGACUUCAGUUAAUAUUAUAAUAGGCUACAUGAGGCCUACAGUCAGUGUCCAGACUUCAGAUAAUAUUAUAAUAGGCUACAUGAGGCCUGCGGUCAGUGUCCAGACUUCAGUUAAUAUUAUAAUAGGCUACCUGAGGCCUACGGUCAGUGUCCAGACUUCAGUUCAUAUGAUAAUAGGCUACCUGAGGCCUACAGUCAGUGUCCAGACUUCAGUUAAUAUUAUAAUAGGCUACCUGAGGCCUGCAGUCAGUGUCCAGACUUCAGUUAAUAUUCCAACUAUUAUGCUACUCCGGCAUCCAUACAUUGACAUUUUAUACAUUACUGCUUAUCACUUAUUAACCAUCAGUUAUUCACAUUGCUUUAAUACAAUAUUUCAGUUGUUGGGGCGGCAGUUAGCUUAGUGGUUAAGAGCGUUGUGCCAGUAACCGAAAGGUCGCUGGUUCUAAUCCCCGAGCCGACUAGGUGAAAAAUCUGUCGAUUGUGCCCUUGAGCAAGGCACUUAACCCUAAUUGCUCAUGUAAGUCGUUCUGGAUAAGAGCGUCUGCUAAAUGACUAAAAUGUAAAUGUUGUGUAUAUUCCAUUUGUUUUAUUUGAUCACCUCUAUAGAGCUGCUGUCUGACAAAAUCACUAUUUUAGUAGUUCUUCAAAUUUAAAUAAGGCAUAUUUUUCUGACUGUUGAAUACCAACACCUCGCGAAGCAACUUCUUUCUAUGUAUCCCCUCUUGAUCACGCAUUCUUCUCUCUUCUGUAGCAGGCGUAAAAGAAACACAGAGCGGACAAGUAGCCGCGCAACGGAUUAUGGUCAUUGUAGUUAAUUACCACGUUUUCUGAGCUAAACUAUGUAGAACGUUGGCCUGUUGGAAACUACAAGUCCCUACGACAUCGCACAGUUCGGGCUUGAUCUGAUUUAUCUCUAGAGAAACUGCAGCGCAAUGACAGGACAAAAAUGGAAUUCAAAUAAUUGAACCGACGUCGGUCAAUUCAUUUUUUUAAAACUGAAAAAUAACCGACAUUUCGGUUAAUCGCUGUAGACGUGAGGGUGUUAUAUUGUUAUAUUAUAAUUUUAUAUUAUUAUAUUGUUUUAUACCAUGUUAUUGUUGAAUACUCCUUUCUGAUUGGCUUGAAGGGCAUUCUAGAGUGUGCAUUAUUUCACUAUAACUUAAUAUUGUUAUAUAAUGUUAUGUUAUAUUAUUAUUAUAUUGUUUGUUAUAUUAUAUAUUGUUAUUGUAUUGUUAUAUUAUGAAAUGGUUGUUCUUUGGCAGGUGUGUUGUCCCAGUUGUCCAGCCACAGUAGAAAUGGGAGAGUGUGUGUUUCACCGUGCUUCUCUCUGCAGCGGAGGAACAACUCUACCUCACCUAAGAUCAAGGUGGAUCUGGACAGCAGUACAGGUAAACCCCUGCACAGCGUCUUGCACCUGUCCCAAAUGGCACCCUAUCCACUACAUAAGGGGAAGACAACCCUGGUCCUGGAGGGAAACAGGUACUGUCUACAUCAGGGGUAGAUAACCCUGGUCCUGGAGGGCAACAGGUCACUGUCUACAUUUUCAUCAGGGGAGAUACCAUGGUCUGGAGGCCAAACAGGUACUGUCUACAUCAUCAGGUUAGAUAACCCUGGUCCUGGAGGGCACAGGUAGUUACAUCAUCAGGGGUAGAAACCUGGUCGCGAGGACAAUGGUACUGUCUCCAAUCAGGGUAGAUAACCAUGGUCUGGAGGGCAACAGGUACUGUUCUAAUCAGGGGUAGCAUACCCUGGUCCUGGGGACACAACAGGUACUGUCUACAUCAGGGGUAGAUAACCGGUCCUGGAGAGGACAAUAGGUACUGUCUACAUAAGGGAAGACAACCCUGGUCUCUGGAGUGGCCAAAGGGUUACUGUCUACAUCAGGGUAGAUAACCCUUGGUCCUGGAGGACAAAUAGGUUACGGUCUUACAUCAGGGUAGAAACCUGGGCUGGAGGACAACAGGUCAUGUUACAUCCGGGGUAGAUAACCUGGUCCUGGAGGACAACAGGUACGGUCUACAUCAGGGGUAGAAAACCCUGUCUGGAGGACAACAGGUGACUGUAUAAUAAGGGGUAGAUAACCCUGGUCCGGAGGACAAUCAGGUAUUACUUUCAUAGUUUGUUUAAACCCAUACUGGAGACCAGGGGUGUGGAAUAAAUUAGGCAGUCACUGAACUGAUCAAUAGUUUAUUGCAUUAGUAAAGGGUAACUAACACCCCAAAAUAUUAAAAUAUUAAAAAUCAGCAAUUUCUUAGAUUUUUCCCAGACCGUCAUUUUUGUAAAUAGUGGUCUCCUGAUGUGGUUUAGGCAGUGUGGGACUUCCACAAUUGGUUGUUUUGCUAUAGAAAAAAUUUUUUGGUUUAAACCUGGAAACAAAACCAAAAGGCAGCAGGCAAAAAAUAAGGAACCUUAUUUUUAUAGGGCCCUACACACUAUUCCCUACAUAGUGUACUAUUUUGACCCAGAGCCUUCUGACGGGACCAAGUCUGCAUCCCACCUGUCAGCCUGUUCUCAUGUAGGCAGGACCACUGAGAACAGGCUGACAUUCGUUGCCAUACUUCUUCUUCCCCCUCUCCCUACCCUGUGGCAUUCCCCAUCCACCUACUACCUCUACUCAAGCAGCGGCCCACAAGCUGAAUCCACGGCCUACGAGGCAGAUCCACCACACCCGCCGAACUGCGCGCGCCGAGCCACCUAGUAACGCGGCCACGGGCAGGCGGAACACACACCAAAGCAGGACACCGCCUCGCUAGACGCGCAACCAUGCGCAAUCCCACGGCAGCUGACACCACCUAAAGUAAAUACGAAAAGUAGGCGCAAGAGAGUCGAAAAUAAGACCCAGCAAGACAGAGAAAGUGCAGAACAGGCAGAACGAAACCAAAAAAACCGCAUCACUCUGCGAUACCUCUACCUCCUCCCUCCAUACCCUGCAUCUACCCCCACCCCACCACCUCCUCCUUAUCUCUCCUCAUUACCCCAAGGAGAAAGGAACAGAAGAGAAAAGAAAAAAGAACGAAGUAGUAAGAGAAGGAGAUAAAGAGAAAGACAAAGGCUGGUAAUACAAUUUUUAUAGGGCCAUUUUGGCGGCUUAAUGUAUAACACUUAAACCCCAGACCCACCACCUCCAUAACAAAUGGAUCCCUUCCUCUCCCCCCUCUCAUCCCCUGCAUCUCCCCCCCCACCACACUCAUCAAGGGCAUCUAACUCCCAUCUCCAUCCAGUGCACUUCUCCCCCCACGAAAUCCCCAUUCUCUCCUAUAAACAUAUCACUCACUGCAAUCUCACCCACCACAACCUAAUCACCUCUCUCUCAUCUCACCCCCCCCUCCCCCCUACCCCCCCUGAUCUCCCACAACAACUUAAAUAAAUCUCUCUCAAGUAUCACCCCUUCUCCCUCCACUGCAUUCUCCACACAACCUUGCACUCAAUCUCUCUAAUCUCCCAACCCCUCCUCUACCUCUCCAUGCAUCACUUUUCCCCAACCACCUACUCAUAUCUCUCCUCUCCACCUCUCCCUCUCCCUGCCAUCUCCACCCACACCUACAUCCCGUCUAUCCGACCCUCUUCCAUACCCUUUGCAUCUCCACCCACACCUCCUCCCCUCUCUAUCCUCUCCCCCUCUAACUCCCCUCUUGCACAUCUCCCCCCCAACACCAUCAUCCAUUCUUCCUCUCCCCCAUCUCAAAUCACACCGGCUGCCUACCCCUAUCUUUCCAUUGUUGUAUUUUUUGGUCUUCUCAUUGCAAAAAAAAGGAAAAAGGAAAAAAGAAAAAAAAAAAAACCCCCCCAAAAACCCAACCCCCCCCCCCCCCCCCCCCCCAAAAACCCCCCCCCCCACCCCUUUUCCCCCAGGGAAAAAAAAGAGAAAAAAAAAACCCCCAAAAGGAAAAAAAAAAAAAAAAAAGGGGGAAAAACCCAAAAGGGGGGGAAAAAAACCACCCCCCCCCCCCCCCCCAAAAUUUCCCCCCCCCCCUCCCCCCGGGCCCCCCCCCCCCAAAAACCCCCCCCCCCCCCCCCAAAACCCCCCCCCCAAAAACCCAAAACCCCCCCCCAAAAAACCCCCCAAAAAAAACCCCCCCAAAACCCCCGGGAACAAAAAAAAAAAAAAAAAAAAACCCCCCCAAAACGCAUUCCCCCCAAAAAACCCCCCCCAACCCCCCCCCCCAAACCCCCGAAAAAAAACCCCCCCCCUUCCCCUUUUUUCCCCCACAAAAACCCCCCCGCCCCCCCCCCUCCCCCCCACCCCCCCCCCCUUCUCUCCCUCCCCCCCUCCCCCCCCCCCCCUCCCCCCCCUCCCCCUUCCCAAACCCCCCCCCCCCCCUUUUUUUCCUCAUUUUUCCCCAACCCCCCCCUUUCUCCUCUCCCCCUCUCCCUCCCCUGCAUCCCCCACACCUCCCCCUCUCUAGGUGUAGCCGUUUGGGGGUCCUCUGUAAACUGAGUCGGGAAAUUCCUCACUGAUUUUGUAUCAAUUGGAAAAAAAGGAGGGGCAAAAGUUGUAGGGCCUAAAACCCACCUCGGUUCAGUACACACACACACGUCCUGUCACAAAAACAUGAUCGACACCAUAAAUGUGUAACUCACCCCGUGUGUGUGUUUCUUUGUGGCGUUCCAGACCCUCUCCAAGGUGUUCUCUGCAGGGCUGGACAUCAUGGAGAUGUAUGGGACAAGUCCGGAGCGCUGUGGAGAGUUCUGGAAGGCUGUUCAGGAGAUGUGGCUCAAACUCUACGGGUCCACAUGGUUACCAUAGCUGCCAUCAACGUGGAGUCAGCACACCCAGCCGUGUGUGUGGUUCCAUUUGGCUCAAACUCUACGGUUCCAACAUGGAAGCUGUCCUGUCUAUUGGACGUUACUAUAGGAUCAUGGCUGAUAACCACCUCUCUCUAUCUCUCGCUCUCUCUCUCUCUCUCUCUCUAUCUCUAUCUCUCUCUCUCUCUGUCUUUUCUCGCUCUCUGUCUUUUCUCUCUCUCUCUCUCUCUCUCUCUCUCUCUCUCUCUCUCUCUCUCUCUCUCUCUCUCUCUCUCUGUCUUUUCUCUCUCUCUGUCUUUUCUCGCUCGCUCUCUCUCUCUCUCUGUCCUUUCUCUCUCGCUCGCUCGCUCUCUCUCGCUCGCUCUCUCUCUGUCUCUCUCUCUCUCUGUCUCUCUCUCUCUGUCUCUCUCUCUCUGUCUCUCUCUCUCUCUCUCUCUCUCUCUGUCUCUCUCUCCCCGUCUCUCUCUCUAUAUCUAUAUAUCUAUAGGGCUCUAGUCCAGCAGGUGGUUGUCUCAUGUCUAUUGGAUGUGACUAUAGGAUCAUGGCUGAUAACCCUCGCUACAGCAUCGGACUCAACGAGACUCAGCUCGGCAUCGUAGCUCCCUUCUGGUGAAACACGCACACACAUAUAUGCACACACACAUACUGUAUAUACACACUAAUACAUACACACACUAAUACACACCGCUUUUAUGUUGUACUGGUCUGAGUGUCGAUGUGUUGAAUCUGCGUGUGAGAGGUGCUGAAUGUGGUUGUGUUCAUGUUGUGGUCAUGUUAUGGUCACGUUGCGGUCCAGGUUUAAGGACACGUUGGUGAACACGGUUGGUAACCGGACAGCGGAGCUGUCGUUGGAGCUGGGUCAGUUGUACAGCGCUCCUGAGGCCCUGAAGAUCGGCCUGGUGGACCGGCUCGUACCUCAGGACCAGGUCCUCUCCACUGCACAGGACACCAUGUCCAAGUGGCUGGCUAUACCAGGUCAGAACACUCCAUCUCACACACACACAUAGUUUAUCAUCCUAUAUAUCUUUCUCCUGCCCCCAGACCAUGCCAGACAGUAUCUUAUAGAACAUAACUAUCUAUAUACAUUAUCCUAGAUCUCUCUUCCAGUCCAUGAUGUGAAAAAAAUCUAUCUCACUAUCUAUCUAUACAUUAUCCUAUAUAUACACUAACCUAUAUGUUAUCCUGUAUUUAAACUAAUCUAUACAUUAUCAUAUAUGUAUAAACUAACCUAUAGAUUAUCCUGCAUAUACACUGACAUAUACAUUAUCAUGUGUGUAUAUAUGUGUGUGUGCGGUACCAGUCAAAAGUUUGGACACACCUACUCAUUCAAGGGUUUUUCUUUAUUUUUAAUAUUGUAGAAUAAUAGUGAAGACAUCAAAACUAUGAAUUAACACAUAUGGAAUCAUGUAGUAACCAAAAGAGUGUUAAACAAAUUAGAUUUUUCAAAGUAGCCACCCUUUGCCUUGAUGACAGCUUUGCACACGCUUGGCGUUCUCUCAACCAGCUUCAUGAGGUAGUCACCUGGAUUGCAUUUAAAUUAACAGGUGUGCCUUCUUAAAAGUGAAUUUGUGUAAUUUCUUUCCUUCUUAAUGCAGUUAAGCCAAUCAGUUGUGUUGUGACAAGGUAGGUGUGGUAUACAGAAGAUAGCCCUAUUUGGUAAAAUACCACGUCCAUAUUAUGGCAAGAACAUCUCAAAUAAGCAAAGAGAAACGACAGUCCAUCAUUACUUUAAGACAUGAAGGUCAGUCAAUACGGAAAAUGUCAAGAACUUUGGAAGUUUCUUCAAGUGCAGUCGCAAAAACCAUCAAGCGCUAUGAUGAAACUGGCUCUCAUGAGGACCGCCACAGGAAUGGAAGACCCAGAUACCUCUGCUGCAGAGGAUAAGUUCAUUAGAGUUACCAGCCUCAGAAAUUGCAGCCCAAAUAAAUGCUUCACAGAGUUCAAGUAACAGAAACAUCUCAACAUCAACUGUUCAGAGGGGACUGUGUGAAUCAGGCCUUCAUGGUCGAAUUGCUGCAAAGAAACCAUUACUAAAGGACACCCAUAAGAAGAAGAGACUUGCUUGGGCCAAGAAACACGAGCAAUGGACAUUAGACCGGUAGAAAUCUGUCCUUUGGUCUGGAGUCCAAAUUUGAGAUUUGUGGUUCCAACCGCUGUGUCUUUGUGAGACGUGGUGUGGGUGAACGGAUGAUCUCCACAUGUGUAUUUCCCACGGUAAAGCAUGGAGGAGGAGGUGUUAUGGUGUGGGUGUGCUUUGCUGCAAUCACUGUCUGUGAUUGAUUUAGAAUUCAAGGCACACUUAACCAGCAUGGCUACCACAGCAUUCUGCAGUGAUAUGCCAUCCCAUCUGGUUUGGGCUAAGUGGGACUAUCAUUUGUUUUUCAACAGGACAAUGACCCAACACACCUCCAGGCUGUGUAAGGGCUAUUUGACCAAGAAGGAGAGUGAUUGAGUGCUGCAUCAGAUGACCUGGCCUCCACAACCACCUGACCUCAACCCAAUUGAGAUGGUUUGGGAUGAGUCGAAUGGCAGAGUGAAGGAAAAGCAGCCAACAAGUGCUCAGCAUAUGUGGGAACUCCUUCAAGACUGUUGGAAAAGCAUUCCAGGUGAAGCUGGUUGAGUGAAUGCCAAGAGAGUGCAAAGCUGUCAUCAAUGUAUGUAGUUCUGUCCUUGAGCUGUCCUUGUCUAUUAAUGUUCUGUAUUAUGUCAUGUUUCGUGUUUUGUGUGGACCCCAGGAAGAGUAGCUGCUGCUUUUGCAACAGCUAAUGGGGAUCCUAAUAAAAUACCAAUGCCAAGGCAAAGGGGGGCUACAUUGAAGAAUCUCAAAUCUAAAAUAUAUUUUGAUUUGUUUAAUUUAUUUUAUUUAUUUUUAUUUUAUGUCAUUUAGCAGACGCUCUUAUCCAGAGCGACUUACAGGAGCAAUUAGGGUUAAGUGCCUUGCUCAAGGGCACAUCGACAGAUUUUUCACCUAGUCGGCUCGGGGAUUAGAACCAGCGACCUUUCGGUUACUGGCACAACGCUCUUACCCACUAAGCUACCUGCCGCCCUAGUUUAACACUUUUUUUGGUUACUACAAGAUUCCAUAUGUGUUAUUUCAUAGUUUUGUUGUCUUCCCUAUUAUUCUACAAUGUAGAAAAUAGUGAAAAAUGAAGAAAAACCCUGGAAUGAGUAGGUGUCCAAACUUUUGACUGGUACUGUAUGUAAAUGUGAUAUUUCAGUUUUUUAUUUUUUAUACAUUUGCAAGAGUUUCUAAAAACCUGUUUUUGCUUUGUCAUUAUGGGGUAUUGUGUGUAGAUUGAUGAGGGGGAAAAACAAUUAAAUCAAUUUUAGAAUAAGGCUUUAACAAAAUGUGGAAAAAGUCAAGGUCUGAAUAAUUUCCGAAUGCACUGUGUAUACACUGACCUAUACAUUAUCCUAUAUACACUAACCUAUAUAUGAUUGUAUAUAUACACUGACCUAUAAAUUAUCCUAUAUAUACACGGAUAUAUACAUUAUCCUAUAUACACUAACCUAUACAUUAUUGUAUAUAUAUACACUGACCUAUACAUUAUCCUAUAUAUACAGUGAACUUUACACUGUCCUAUAUAUACACUAACCUAUACAUGAUCCUGUAUAUAACCUAUAUCUCUGCUCUCCUUCCAGACCAUGCCAGACAGACAGAUCAUUGUGUUAUAUCUGUAUGUUUAUAUAUAUAUACACUGCUCAAAAAAAUAAAGGGAACACUUAAACAACACAUCCUAGAUCUGAAUAAAUGAAAUAAUCUUAUUAAAUACUUUUUUCUUUACAUAGUUGAAUGUGCUGACAACAAAAUCACACAAACAUUAUCAAUGGAAAUCAAAUUUAUCAACCCAUGGAGGUCUGGAUUUGGAGUCACCCUCAAAAUUAAAGUGGAAAACCACACUACAGGCUGAUCCAACUUUGAUGUAAUGUCCUUAAAACAAGUCAAAAUGAGGCUCAGUAGUGUGUGUGGCCUCCACGUGCCUGUAUGACCUCCCUACAACGCCUGGGCAUGCUCCUGAUGAGGUGGCGGAUGGUCUCCUGAGGGAUCUCCUCCCAGACCUGGACUAAAGCAUCCGCCAACUCCUGGACAGUCUGUGGUGCAACGUGGCGUUGGUGGAUGGAGUGAGACAUUAUGUCCCAGAUGUGCUCAAUUGGAUUCAGGUCUGGGGAACGGGCGGGCCAGUCCAUAGCAUCAAUGCCUUCCUCUUGCAGGAACUGCUGACACACUCCACGUUCUCCACGGCGUCUCCAGACUCUGUCACGUCUGUCACAUGUGCUCAGUGUGAACCUGCUUUCAUCUGUGAAGAGCACAGGGUGCCAGUGGCGAAUUUGCCAAUCUUGGUGUUCUCUGGCAAAUGCCAAACGUCCUGCACGGUGUUGGGCUGUAAGCACAACCCCCACCUGUGGACGUCGGGCCCUCAUACCACCCUCAUGGAGUCUGUUUCUGACCGUUUGAGCAGACACAUGCACAUUUGUGGCCUGCUGGAGGUCAUUUUGCAGGGCUUUGGCAGUGCUCCUCCUGCUCCUCCUUGCACAAAGGCGGAGAUAGCGGUCCUGCUGCUGGGUUGUUGCCCUCCUACGGCCUCCUCCACGUCUCCUGAUGUACUGGCCUGUCUCCUGGUAGCGCCUCCAUGCUCUGGACACUACGCUGACAGACACAGCAAACCUUCUUGCCACAGCUCGCAUUGAUGUGCCAUCCUAGAUGAGCUGCACUACCUGAGCCACUUGUGUGGGUUGUAGACUCCGUCUCAUGCUACCACUAGAGUGAAAGCACCGCCAGCAUUCAAAAGUGACCAAAGCAUCAGCCAGGAAGCAUAGGAACUGAGAAGUGGUCUGUGGUCACCACCUGCAGAACCGCUUCUUUCUUGGGGGUGUCUUGCUAAUUGCCUAUAAUUUCCACCUGUUGUCUAUCCCAUUUGCACAACAGCAUGUGACAUUUAUUGUCAAUCAGUGUUGCUUCCUAAGUGGACAGUUUGAUUUCACAGAAGUGUGAUUGACUUGGAGUUACAUUGUGUUGUUUAAGUGUUCCCUUUAUUUUUUUGAGCAGUGUAUAUUAUAUUAACACUAACCUAUACACCUCUCCUCUCCCUCCAGACCAUGCCAGGCAGAUCACCAAGUCCAUGAUGAGGAAACAGACCAUUGACAAGCUGCUGUCCAACAGGGAAGCUGACAUCACCAACUUUGUGAGCUUCAUCACUAAAGACUCCAUCCAGAGGUCCCUCCGCAUGUACCUGGAGAUGCUCAAGAGUAGAAAGGUCUAGUCUGAGACCCAAACUGCACCCUAUUCCCCAUAGGG